GUCGAGACGAAAAGUCGAUGAAUGGAGGCGAUAUGAGUGAGUGUGAGGAGCGGCUGGUGGAGUUUGCCGUCCCAGAUGAGUCAACUCGCGUCAACCUCCCGGCCGGGGGCGGCAGAAGGGACGGAGAGAGGGAUCUGCCUGCCGCAGCAGGGCUGGUGGCAGAUCUCCCGCCGAAUCGCACACUGACAUGGUCAGCGAAGCGAGCACUGCCUCGUACAACAACAUGGAUCUGACUCUCUGACACACCUGCAUUCAUGAGUGCAUGCUGCUCUCUGUCCGUCUGUCCGUGUGUCUGGGUGCAGUUACUUCGCCGACAGGAGUAUCGACAUCUACGAUCUGUCGCCGUCGGCGCGCCUCGCCGUCGGCGGCUCAUCGGGGCGGCCGCCGAUGAAGCCACUGGCAUCGUUCUGGCUCCCCUGCCACAUGCUGGGCAGCUUUGCCGUGGCCUCACACGUGAGCAGGACGGGCAAAGACAAAGCCGACAGCGUCACCUUUUUCGUCGUCACGGUAAGUGGUAGACGGGAUAGGGAUGUGGGAGCUCGUUUGCGCAUCGCGCCUACGUCACGUGUGCGUGUGUGUGUGUGUGUUCGAGUCCCAGGUGGCCUACACCGUGUAUGCGAUCAAGGUGGAGCCUUCCCGCUCAGCUGAUGGCCAGGGAUCGUUCUCGAACACCUACAGUGCCAUGCAGCUGCCCAGCAGUAAGGGAGUCAUCUGACGCAGCCAACACGAGCCGUUCAUCCAUCCCAUCCAUGGCAUCUGUCCAUGCAGUCGCCCGUCGUCCCCAGUGCGUGACGGCCCUGCGCCACAACAUCGUGGCCAUCGGCACGGAGACCGCCGUGACGCAGUAUGAGCUGCCGGCAUUCAGACCUGCUGUGGCAGGGUCGCCCUAUGACUAUGGCGGGGUGGACAGGCCCGCCAACCAGUGGGUGCUCCUCAGAGAGGGGAUGGCCGAGAGGAUCGGGCUGGCCUCAGGUGGGCUGCCGCACAAGAGCACGGGUGUCUGGUAUGUGUGUGGUUAUGGGUCUGUGUGGACCAUGCAGGCAGUGCCGGCGCGUGGACCCUGGCGGCCAUCUCGGAAGUGGUCACGUAAGCGACCGAUCUCACCCACACACAUAGGCAUCCCAUCCUGACAUGAUGCGUACAUACAUGGAUGGAUGGAUGGAUGGAUGGAUGGCCGUGUUUUAGGUCAUCCGGUCCGUUUGCGCUGUUCGGCCCCCGUGAGGUGCAGAAAGUGGCGCUGCUGGCCUGGUGCACCGACCACCGCCUCCGGCUGUGGGAGGGAUGCGCCCAGGCCACACAGCCCAAACAGGGCAUCGACCUCUCCAACCACGCAAAGGAAGACUCGGUCAGAAACACACACACACACCGCGACGGAUGAAAUGGCAUUGUGUGUCAUUGGUGUGUGCCUUCCUUCCUUUUUUCAGCUGAAGGGUGCGAUGUUGUGUGUGAGUUCUGACGGCACCCGCGCGUGUGUGGCACUGCCCAAGGCGAUUCGCGUGUACACCACCAAGAACGGGGGCGUGUUUCAGCUUGACCUGAUUGGCGAGAUCGGCUGGCGGGACCGGCCAUUUCCUCCAAGAUGGGUCACACUCAACACACACACCAUCUGGGUGAGGGAGGGAACGACACACACACGCACACACACAUACACAGACAGACACGUGUGUGCACGGUCAUGUGUGUGUGUGUGUGGGUGUGGGUGUGUAGGUGACGUGGAGCGAGCUGGGCACCUCCUCUGUGCAGCCUGAGUUCCGCACGCUCGCAUGGAGCCUGGCUGACAUCAGCACCAACAACAACAGUGGCAACGGUGUGCCUGAAGGUAUGCGUGAGAUUUUCGCGCGCGCAACGUACUGGUUGAGCUGUGUGUGAUGUGGUGUGGUGCGUGUGAUAGGUCGUGUGGUGGCGACGCAGCACCUGCGUCAGGUGCGCUGGAAGGACGGGGAGGACUGCGUGACGCUGGAGCUUCUCAUGAACCUGCCAAAGGACGACACGCAACAGGACAUGACCACCGACCAAGUAGGCGGUUUGACGAUCCCUCCGUGUGUCUGUCGGCAUGGAUGGAUGGAUGGAUGGAUGGCCACAGGACGUGACGAUGUGGUGGGUCGAUCGGCUGUUGAUCCCAGGUCGGUUCAGCCACAGGAUGCUCCGCACCGGAUGCGCGCAGUUCCUCAACGGCCGACAGACCACUGCACAAAGUGAGGCACGCACGCACAAGCAUACUUGUGUGUGUGAGGAUGAUGGGGGCAAGUGCGUGUGUGUCUGUGCAGCUCGAGAAAUGCUAGACAGAAUCCACACCGACGCCAAGUUCGCAUUGUGCUACAUCAUCAGAUCGGUAAGGGAAAUCGAUAUACGCCACAUCUGCAGAGAGAGGGAGAAGACUCCACACGUGUCAAUGGAUCCACCCCACCUUGUUUCCAGCGGAUCGACGGCUCCCCCGCCAGCAGUACAAAUGCCCCUCCCUCCGACAUUGCCGACAUGAUCGCACAGACCAAAGUCGCACAAGUGAGUGCCUUUCCGCACUGCACACACCUUCUCUCCCACUCCUCUCUGUGUGGCAGGCGGCCCUGGAUGCGGGCCGUGAGCUGCGCGAGUCCAUCCUGUCUUGCAUAUCGUCAGAGGAAGUGUUUGCGACCAUCGGGCGAUCGACGUCGCGUGUGUGGGCGGGGGAGAUGGCGGGCGUCGAGAGCGGCCGGGCGCCCAUCAUGGACAUCGGGCAGGGCGGCAGCAGCAACGGCCUGGCGGGGGAGAUGCCCGUCGGCGUCACACGAGAAGGCGUAUAUGUGAUCCGCCCCAUGUGUCACGGCUGGGAGCACCAUGGGCCGCCCCUGCCGAUCGGCCGCAUGUGCGCCAUCAGCAACGAUGAGACAGAGGAGAUGCUCGCCAUGCGACUCGCACUGCUCGCACGCACAUUUGAGCAGGUGGGUGCGUGUCGAUGGGCCGAGUGGGCAUGGGUGUGUGCAGCCAUAGAUGGUGCGGUGUGUUUGCAGGUGCUGUCGAGUGGGAGCGGUCUCGGGUGCUACUGCCAGCUGUAUUGGGAGAGGUCGCUGAUGGCGGGGCUGACGCCCCAAGCUGCCAGCCGAAAGCUGCUGGAAAGACUGUACGCAGCCCCGCACUCACCAAGCAUCGAUGCGUCCAUCCGCUUUUGUCCGUGUCCGUGUCCGCGUGUGCGUGCAGGCCGAUUCUGUUGCGCAGCCAGCCUGGCCCCGACCACACCGAGGCGCAGACACUGGUCGACAGGGUGGGGGAGCUCUUCCGCACCCCCGACAUCACACCCACCAUACAAACCAUCACACAACAGCUGAUGGUGAACACAACGCACCACAAGACAAGACGCGCAUCUUAUUCUAUCUUAUCCACACACAUACAACAUAUGCGUGUGGAUGGUCCCUGUCUGCUACAUCCAGAUCAUGUCGGCGCUGCCCCCCUCUGGCGGCAAUGGUGGCACCCUCGAGCCGGCCAACCAGCUGCCCCUGCACCAGACUCUCCCCCUCAGCCUGUCGUCCCUCUUCGGCGGCCAAGUGGGCCGCAGCGGGUGGGAUGGCUUCUACGACACCCUGCGGCAGCUGGCAAUCAUGGUCACGUGGGUGCACGAAGUCGUCAUGGCUACUGGGGCGCUCGGACCGCCGGCUGUGCUGCCACACGUACACAUACACACGGGGGGUGUGUGUGGGAUGUGUGGUUCUGGGGUCUGUAUGGGGACAUAUUGUGUCUUGUGUCUUGUGUCUUGUGUCUUGUGUCUUGUCAGGUCAAUAUUGACCGUCUGGUGAGGUCGCCGGCUGACCGUUUCACCUCCCUGCCGGCCGUGUUAGAUGCCCUCGAUGCACUGGUGGGCGAGCCAUAUGCAAUUGAGGCAAUCCAGGGAUAUGUCUGUCUGUCUGUUUGCGGGCCGGUCCGCUGCUGAUGCAUGCAGCUGCCCAAGGCACUGGGGGUGACCAAGUGUCUGGCUGUCGAGUCGCCGGCCUUCCGUCCCACACGACAGCAAACUGACGGCCUCAGCGACAGGAGAAAUGACACCGUCGUAAGCAAGAAUGCCUUCCUCGGCCGCACCACAGGGUGACUGACGACGCUCGCCUUGCUGUGCCUGUCAGCUGAGUGCGGCGACCCACUGGGCGUGCGUGUGUGCGGCUGACGCUGAGGGGGCCAUCUCGCGGGUGCCGUCGGUGUGGAGCUUCAUGACGGAGCAGCUGCCCAGUAUGAUGCUCGAAAUGGGGCUCUACGCCGCACUGGACGAGUGGAGCGCGCCACGGCUGGCUGCAAUGGACCUGCUCACAGAUGGAGCCGCCCACGUAAGUCUGCCCAUGACCCAUUCUAUCUACCCCCUACACACGCACACAUCUAUGCUGUCGUUCUGUGUGCAGUACUAUUGCGCGAUGGUGUGUGCUGACCAAGGAGACCUUGCUGGCGCCCACAGGUCGCUGCAGAAGGCCCUGACCGACGGGUCGUUUCUGGAGCGGCAGCAGGUGGACCAGUCGCGUAUCGCCAGGGUGAUCCCCGCCGACCACCCCAACCGUGCCGCAUGCCUCUUCUACACAAAUGUCGCCAAGAUGUGCAAAAGUGAGUGACUGAGACAAACAGAGAGGGAGGGCUGGUUGAGCCUGUUGUGUCCGGGGUGCGUGUGUGUGCAGACAGCACAUUGCAGGGCGUGUGUGUGAUGAAGGCGGCGGCCUUGGCGUCGUCAUCGAGUGGGGGUGACAAUGGCGCGGGGGUCGACGAGGGCGUCGCACAGCAGCUGUGGGCGCACGCAUACGAUACCACACUGGUACCACACACACCACACACCACACGCACCCUAAUGCGGGCAGACAGCACAUGUGCUGCAUUCCGUCACAUUGCAUCGCAGGCGGCUGAGGAGUUCGGCAAGGCCUACACGUGUGCACUCAUGUGCAGACCAGACCACCGCCGACACGCCGUCCUCGAAGUCCACAACAGAGCACUCGCAAAGGUACGCACGCACAUCAGACCACCAGACCUCCACAGAGGCCCUUUCUUCCAGCCCAUCGACCCGACCCACUCACCCAUUCAUUCAUUCAUGUGUGUCAGGGCCUCAAGUAUGCGGAAGGCCUAAUUGACUCGGUGGACUCUUUCCUGCGGGCGGGGGGCAAGCACGGCAGCCUGGCGCACAUCAGCAGAGUGGUGGAGGACCUGCUUCUUGACGUGUGGGAGCAGCUGACGCGGGCCAGCGCAACUGACACGGCCGUGUCUGUCAGCUUAUCGGUCAGUGUGUGUGGGGGAGGGGGGAUAUGGGCUGGAUCCUAUGGUGGGUGUUGGUCAUUUGUCGUCAGGUGCUGUCGCGUAUCCUCUCUGUCCUCGGCCGAUCGUCUGACAUCCCCAUCGCCUACCUCAUCGCCGCCACACGACAAGAGUCAGUGAGUGAAUGAGACACCCAUCCAAUCAUCCGACCAUCCAUCCAUCCAUCCAAUCAUCCGACACACAACAUUCCUCCCCAUUGAUGCAGAGUCGCCCUGCAGCAAUUGGUGUCCCAGUGGCCAGGCGCCAAGCCCCCCGACCACGUCCACUACAAGGCAAUAUGGCAGCGGCGCACACCCUGGGAGGCAUUCCCCUCCCAGCUGAUGGAGGCCGUGAGGGCUGGUGUGUCCUCAAUGCCCCCCAUGGCCACCAUGGCGGGAGGCGACUACGUGCAAGAUGCGGUGUUUUCUGUCGUCAAGAUGCAGAAGGACAUGAUGCAGCGGUGGGUGCGUGUCUGAUGCAUGCGCGCCAGUCCUGAUGGAUGGAUGUGUUGAUUGCAGUGCUCUGGAGGCGUGGAUGGAGUCUCUCCCGUCCACCGACCCCGCCCGGCAUGAUUCGGUCCCCCCUGUGCCCUUCCCUCAGUCCUUCCUCCAGAUGCCCCUGAGCGCUCCCCGCCAUACACGGCCACCAGCAGCAGAGGCCAACGUCGAGAUGACCGAUGCGCAGCAAGACCAGCAGCAGCAGCAGCCAGCCAGUGGCGGUGGAGAGGAGACCUCACUUGACGGCAUCGAGGUCCCGUCCUGUGUGCUGGUCGACGGAGCCAUGCUGCAUCGGCUGUUCAUGCUCGCCGAGUGAGGGCUCGGUGGAUUCACUAAUCCGUCUUUCUCUCUCUGUAUGUCAUGACAGGUGUCGGUGCAUCGUCUUGGAGCGGAAACAUCACCCCGAUUGGCCGCUCCCCCACAGCCCCCUGCAAAUCGCAAGGAAACUGGUCAGCAGCUUCACCACACAGACACACACACAUACAUACACACACGCGGAGCCUGUGUAUCUGUCGGUCUGUCUGUCUGUCUGUCUGUCUGUAUGCAGGCUGCGUCAGGCUGCAACCCCCACCUCAAUGCAGCCCUUGUGCUGUGCGACUCGUUCGCCAUAGACCGCAUGGAAGUCUUGAAGGUGCUGGCAGUAGAGGCGGCCGACAGGAUCGCCGGCGCCCAGACGGGCCGGAGCGUCGACGUCGCCAUGGACAACCUCACCACUGCCACUGACAGGUCAGUACAGUAAGUGAGACAGAGAAGGAGAGCCGUCCUCACACACAGACGUGCAAGUGGAUGGAUGUUUGUGUCUUGUCUGGUCUGGUUAGGAUGGUGUGUGGCCCGACCCACCUAAUGCAUGCGGCUCAUGACGUGGCGGUGCUGCUGUUUUGGUUCCUCAAGACGUUUGAGUGCCAGCCCAACCCGCUCAGGACAUGGGGCGCUGGCGGAUACACCGACCACCAACACGUCGCCGCAUUCAUCAGACACGUGGUAGGUAGAGAGGAGGGAGGGAUGGGAUGGACGGUAGGCUGCAGUGUUUUCUGGUCCUUGUGUGUCUGUGGCGUCGUUUGCAAACCAGGUGCGCCUCUACAAGGUCCGUGACGAUGCCGACACUCCCCCAGCUGCUGGUGGUGGUGGUCUCCACUGCGGCACACUGCUACAAGUGCUCAUGAACUUUGGCCUGCUGCAGGUGCCAAAACUCCUUCCCUCUAUGGAUGGAUGGAUGGAUGCGUGUGUGGUUGGGUUUGGUGUGUAAUGUUCGAUCAGGAUGCAGUCGAGGUGGUUGAGUCUCGUCUGCACGUGCCGCAGCUGGACGUGCUGGCCCACCACACCAUCACACACAUGAUACCGCCGCUAGACCAAAAGGGCUUUGGCGGAGUGGGCGGCGCCAUUCCCAUACCCCUACUCGGACAGGUACGCAGCCACACGCAGGCCGGCCAGCAGAGCCGUGUACGGGCGGAGUACUGUGUUUUCUGGUUUGGUGUGUCGCCACGGGUCAGCUUCGUGCCUGUGUUCAGCGAGAGCGUGCCAUCGAGGCAGAGAUGGGCAGCCGACCAGGUGUGCACAGACAGACACCAAGACACUAGGCAGCAACGACCACGUGUGUGCUGCUCUGUGUGUCUCUGUGUCUCUCUCUGUGUGUAUGUUUGGUUGUUUAGCGUCGCGGGAUUACUUCCGGAGGCUGCUUGACCGCCUCAACGAUUGCGAGGAGGCCUACUGGACGGUACACCCACGUCCACACUGAUUCCCUGGUGAUUGGUAUGUGUGACUGCGUAUAUGUGCUGUGUCAGGCCCGGGAGGAGUACGAGCAAGUUCGGGUUCUCCACAACGCGCCGCUGUUCGAGCAGAUUAAGAACACAGAGCAGCUGCAGUGAGGGCGAGAGUAGAGUGACAUCUAGCGAAGGGCUUGCUCGCGACGGAUGGACGGACCGG